AUGCUGUCAAACGUAUGGCUGGCUUCUGCUCUGUUGGCAUCCUCCGUGUUCGCGACGCAGCCAACCGCUCCUGAACCUCAAGCAGCACCUCUACGCGACCUCCAAUUCGGCCAGCUCAAUUUCCUCCACACGACCGACACUCAUGGCUGGCAUGCCGGACAUUUGCUUGAACCUUCCUUCAGUGCCGAUUGGGGUGACUACGUGGAUUUUGCGGAUCGGUUGAGGGAGAAGCUCGAGGCAGAAGGACGAGAUCUCUUGAUCGUUGACACUGGGGAUCGUAUUGAGGGCAAUGGGCUGUAUGAUGCCUCGGUGCCCAAGGGGUUAUUCACAUUCGAUAUCUUCCGAGAACAGCACAUGGACAUCAUCUGUUCGGGGAACCAUGAACUCUACCAACAAAACUCCUCCGAGAAUGAAUAUUUCAUUACUGCUCCUGCAUAUAGCGAAAGUUAUCUAGCCUCCAAUCUCGACAUGCACGAUCCAAAUACCGGAGAGUGGGUGCCCCUCGCACCAAGAUACAAGAAAUUUACCACCAGGAUGCAAGGGAUUCGGAUCAUGGCAUUUGGAUUUAUAUACAAUUUCGAGCAAAAUUAUAACAACACUAUCGUUCGGAAAGUGGAGAAAACAAUCCAAGAACCAUGGUUCCAAGAGGCGAUCCGUGAUCGAGACAUUGACUUGUUUGUGGUCAUCGGACAUUCAGCUGUUCAGUCUGAAGAAUUCGAUAUGAUUUUCAAAGCGAUUCGAUCGGUUCAGUGGGAUACGCCUAUUCAAUUUUUCGGUGGCCAUUACCAUAUCCGAGACUACCGCAGAUUUGAUGGCAAAUCCUAUGGAUUGGCCAGUGGCCGCUUCAUGGAGACCAUCGGGUUUCAAUCUAUCAGUGGUCUCCCAUCAAACACGAGCCGGUCCUCUUCCCCGACAUUUUUCAGAAGAUAUAUUGACAACAACCUGUAUUCGCUUUAUCAUCAUUCUGGCCACAACUCCUCGACUUUCCAUUCCGACCGGGGUCGAAAUAUUAGCAAAGCCAUUCAAGAAGCUCGGAGAGCGCUGGAUUUGGAUCAAAUCUUCGGUUGUUCGAAGAGAGACCUCUGGAUGAGUCGUGCCAAAUACCCGAGCAACAGUAGCAUCUUCAGCUGGCUGGAAGAUGAGGUUUUCCCGGGUAUCGUCAGUGAUACCAGACGCGCAGACAAGCCACGAUUGGUGAUCUCCAAUACCGGAGCAAUUCGCUUCGACAUCUUUCAAGGCGCCUUCACCAAAGAUUCCACCUUCAUUGUGUGUCCCUUCACGAGUGGAUUCCACCAUCUCAAAGACGUGCCCUAUGACAGAGCCAAGAAUCUCAUUUCCUUGUUGAACAGAGGCGGCGAAAUUUUCGAAAAUUUUGAUCCAUCACUGGCAUUGUGGAAACUUGCUCCAGUACAGCAAAUGGGCAUCCUCGAAGAUAUCGUUGUCACAGAGCAACCAAUACCCAUCCACGGCCAAAAUCAGAUCUCAAUAACCAACGAAAGACCUCUGGCACCAGGCUAUACUACCGUCGACGACGCAGGUGAUGAUGGCGACGACACCGUGCAUUCGCCGAUAUCGUUUUACCGUGUUCCGAACUGCAUCCAAUCGACCAUCAACCCGGCGAAUAUUGACCUCGAGGAUGCCGUCGUUGACGUGGUCUUCAACGAGUACAUUCAACCGUGGGUCAUCCUAGGCCUAAAAUUCUUAGGCCUGGAGUACUCAGACGACGAUGUGGAUAAGUAUAUCCCUGAUGAGAAUAUGACAACAUUGAUUGCCAAAUGGGUCAGCCAGAAUUGGCCUAAUGAAUGUUAG